AUGCAUUUCUCUAGAUUUUUUGCUGUUGUAGCACUGGCUUGCUCGAGUGUUUAUGGCGCAGCCUUAACGCAAGUGAGUAAUUAUGGAGGGAAAGCGACCUCCAAAGCUCAGAUGUGGGUGUACGUCCCAGACAAUGUCAAACCAAACCCCUCGCUUGUGGUAGCGAUCCACUCUUGCGAGUCUUCAGCACAGAAAUACUUCCAGAAUAGUAAGAUUCCUCGGAAACAAGGAUCAGAUGCCAAGGGUUACAUCAGUAUCUGGCCAAGCGCUCCGCAAAGCUGUUGGGAUGUUUCGAGCAAGUCGACACUUGUGAGGAGUGGCGGCGGUGAUUCGAAUGCUAUUGCGAACAUGAUCAUUUACGCGAUGGACAAAUAUAAGGUCAAUGCGACUCAGGUAUUCGUCACUGGAGGAUCUUCUGGAGCCAUGAUGGGAAACGUGAUGGCUGCGGCGUAUCCAGACUUGAUGUCUGCAGUUUCAGUCUAUUCAGGAGUAGCAGCAGGAUGCUACGUCGGAGCAGGAGUGGCUCAAUGGAACAACGCAUGUGCCAACGGCCAGAGUACCAAAACUGCACAAGCCUGGGGUGACAUAGCACGAGCCAUGUACCCAGGAUACAAUGGCACUCGCCCAAGGAUGCAAAUCUGGCACGGCUCGGCAGACGGGACGAUUGCGCCGCAGAACUAUCAGGAAGAGUUGAAGCAAUGGACGAACAUCUUCGGUGUGAGCAUGACGGCGACAGACUCAAAAGACAAUACCCCGGAGAAAAAUUACAAAACAAGUAACUAUGGGCAGAAUGUGCAAGGGAUUUACGCCACUGGUGUUGGGCAUUCGUGUCCGGCUCACUUGGCGGAGUCCGAGGCUUGGUUCGGAUUGAAGUGA